UGUUUGAACUUCCUUUAACAAUGGCGUUUUGACCUCUCUCCUCUUUCAGUCUUCUGGGUUUUUUCCAUCCCUCUCUCCUUCAACUUGUUGCAAUCCCUACCAACCCAAUAACCCCCCUAAUUUCUCCUUCUUACAAAGUUGCAAUCUUUUUUUUCCUGCCAAUAUCCUCAUAUUCUGCGUUUCAGUCUCCCUGUUGCUUUAGCUCACGCAUAUUUCUUCGUGCUUCUAUCUCAUAAGAGAGAAAUUCCCCUCUUUGUGUGCUCUGUCUUUAGUUCCUCAUAGAGUACGAGACAGAUAUAUAGAGGGAAAAGAGAUUCCCUUUCCGAUUCGUCUCCUUAUAUAAUCCCCCGGGAUUUUCUCUCGAUUUCCGUAGGCAGUUCUAAUUUGAAGUCAUAGGGUCAGUGAUACUUGGAAGAUCUGAGUUCUUCGUGUGUUUCUCUCAGCUUUGGUUACUUCGGAUUCUAUUAAGUUUGUAUUUCUGGUGAUAGGUGAUUAGUUACGAGUUUGUGGAACUCUAAAGGUACGAAUUUUGCAGAAAUCUGGUUUGGUAUCCCAGAUUUUUGAGAGAGAAUAGGGUCAAUUCUAUCGAAUUUUGGGUGGUUUAAGUUGGAAAAAUGACUGUGGAGGAAGCUAGUGAUGGUUCUGCGUGGAGUAGAGAGGAUGAUAUUGCGUUCGAGAGAGCUCUUGCGAAUUAUACCGAUGAAUCCGAGCAACGGUGGGAGAAGAUUGCUGCAGAUGUUCCAGGAAAAAGUGUUGAACAGAUUAAAGAACAUUACGAGCUUUUAGUUGAAGAUGUUAGUAGGAUUGAAUCAGGAUGUGUGCCACUUCCUGCCUAUGGUUCUCCUGAAGGAUCAAAUGGCCAUGCUUGUGAUGAAGGAGGAAGUAGUAAGAAAGGAGGAAAUAGUCACGCGGGCGAGUCUAACCAAGGAAGUAAAUCAAAGUCAGAUCAAGAACGACGAAAGGGUAUUGCGUGGACAGAGGAUGAACACAGGUUAUUUCUUCUUGGUUUGGAUAAGUACGGGAAAGGUGAUUGGCGUAGUAUCUCUCGUAACUUUGUGGUUACAAGAACUCCUACCCAAGUCGCGAGCCACGCUCAAAAGUAUUUCAUUCGUCUAAACUCAAUGAACAAAGACAGAAGACGAUCAAGCAUUCACGACAUAACUAGUGUUGGCAACGCAGAUGUCUCAACACCACAAGGACCAAUCACUGGUCAGAACAACAACAACAGCAACAACAACAACAACAACACCACCGGCUCUGCUGCAGUUGCUGGAGGAGGAAACAAAUCAGCCAAGCAAGCCGCCUCUCAACCACCACCAGGACCUCCUAUGUAUGGCACACCCACCAUAGGUCAACCGGUCGGUGGACCAUUGGUCUCAGCAGUUGGAACACCAGUGAACCUUCCAGCUCCACCUCACAUGGCUUAUGGAGUCCAUGCUGCUCCAGCCCCUGGCUCAGUGGUUCCUGGUGCACCAAUGAACUUGGGUCAAAUGCCGUACACCAUGCCGCGUACACCUACGGCCCAUAGGUAACCCGAAAACACUUGCUCUUCGUUUUUUUUUAGGUGUAAGAAAGAUGUGUAAAGGAUUUAGUGAAUAUUCAAGCUUGUUCCUGGAGUGAGUUUUUUUUUUUAUUAUUACUUAGUUUGUGGGGAAUUUUUAUGAGGUCCGAAUAAGAUAUUAAAGAUCAUAUGAUUAGUUUCA